GCACACGUUUCUGUUCCAGAGUUAGGCUACUGACUACUGGAAGCUGUUGUGUUGAUAGAGCAGUGAUGCGCUUCAUCAUGGCCACGCGCACAGACCGCCUCGCGCAGCCCAAACCAAACCUGCUCAGAUUCCCAGACAGACGCUCAGUAUACUGGCUUGAUGAACUCCCAACCAGGACAAAGAACACCUCCACAACUGCCUUUGAACUGACUCCUCGCUUGGAGCAGCUCACCCAGAGCAAACAAUCAAGCCGUUUCUAUGAGGAGAGCAGAAGGUCACCGGAGUGGGUGGUAAGUGCAGCAGCACUAAAAGCAUGUCCUUCUCAAAGAGUGUGUUCACUGGCUCUGCCUCGUGUGCCAGUUGAUGGAUGGCAGCCUGAUCGCCCCCUUCUGGCUCCUUUGAGUAUUGCAGUUAAAACAGCCAAGCCAAGUCUAAGGAUACGUCAUUUAGCCCAACCAAAGCAAACAAAGAUGGUGUCGAGUCUGUCGACACACUUCAGCACCGAUUCAAGCACCCACGCGUUUGGCGCUCCCACCACACCCUCCUCACGAAUACUGCAGCUGGCCUCUCCUAAGCAGGUUCAUGCGCAGCACGCUCUAGCCAGGCCGGUCUCUUGGCCAGUUCCGGAUCGUGUUCUGAAGGCUGUAGCCAGCGAGAGAGUGCAGACGCUGGCUCGACCCAAGACACGUCAGGCCCUGUUUGAGGGGUACGACCCCUACCGGGUCAGUCCUGCUGCACGGGCAGCCACGGCCUCCCCCAGACUGCUGGAGCUGUCUUUACCCUUACCACGCAAAUGUAAAAGCCAGUAAACCAUCAUCCCUCCAUCUUUAGUGAGGCUGUUUUGGUACAUUUUUAUCAUUUACAUUGCCUGUCAAAGGUUUGGAAUAAUUAAGAUUUUAGAAAGAAGUCUGUUAUGCUCACCAAGACCAAGUCAUAUUGUGAAAUAUUAUUACAAUGUAAAACAACUGUUUUCUAUUUGAAUUUUUAAAAUGUAAU